AUGGCUACCGCGGACGCGUUGAUUGCAAGUCUUCGGGACAUCAACGGGGAGAGCUUCACAGAUAAGGCUGAGAGGAUACGAGCCAGAGAUGCGCUGUAUGAUGCGUUGAGAAAAGUCCAGACGCCGUGGGACAUCGCAUGGGAUCACAUCGUGGUCAAGGGUGGCGGGAACGCAGCGAUCAAGACGCUGAUCGACGCCGGCGUAUUCAAAAAGUGGCACGAGGCUGGUGGUGAACCCAUUACCUGUACCAAGCUCUCAAAGCUGACCGGCGCCGAUGAGCACCUCAUCCGACGCAUGAUGAGGGCGAUAGCAGGCCAGCACCUCGUCAUAGAAACAGACCUCGACACCUACGCCCGCACACCCUGGGCCCAGGCCCUCGGCGAGGACGCACCGCUGCCGGCCAUGUACGGCGGCUUCUACGGCGAGCUGACGAACCCCAUGUUCCGCUCGCUGCCGUACUACCUCAAGCAGAACGGAUACCGGAACCCGACGGACAAGAACGACUGCAACUUCCAGCACUGGCGCGGGCCCGACGCCGUCUUCUUCAAGUACGUCGGUACGAACCCGCUGCUCACGUCCGACUUCAACGACGUCAUGGAGUGCCAUUCGCGAGAUAACCUCACGGCGUGGACCGAGGUGUAUCCCACGGAGAAGAUCAUCGAGGGCGCGAUCCCGGAGAGGCCGUUGGUUGUUGAUAUCGGCGGCGGCAAGGGCCAUGAUUUGAGGAAGUUUCAUGUUCGGCACCCGCAGGUUCCUGUGCGGCAUCUCAUCCUGCAGGACUUGCCUGAUUUCCUCAAGGACGUCAAGUCCGAUUCCGCGUUCACGAUCCAGGCGUACGACUUCUUCACACCGCAGCCGCUGCUCGGGGCGCGAGCGUACUUCUUACAUAACGUGCUGCACGACUGGCCCGACGCUACUGCGGUGGACAUUCUGAAGAAUAUUGCCGGCGCCAUGGAGAGGGGGUAUUCGAGGCUGCUGAUCCACGAGAGCUUGAUCAGCGAGCGGGCGCCGCUUUCCAAGGUGACGGCGACGGAUAUGAUUAUGAUGGCGGGGCUGGCGUCGGCGGAGAGGACGGAGGAGCAGUGGCGGGAGUUGAUUGCGGCAGCAGGGUUGCGGGUCGUGAAGAUCUGGAGGCCGGUGCAAGCGGUUGAAAGUGUUAUUGAGACGGAGUUGGCUUGA